UAGAAAUGGCUAUUGCAGAAAAAAAUGUAGAAAUAGUAAAUUUAAUAUGUGAUUGCGGUGAUGUUGAAUUUGAAGAUAAAAUCACUUUGCUUUCUGUGAUGGAUAAUAAUGACAACACAAUCUUGCAUCACGCUGCCAAGUUAGCGCCUUCUGCGAAACUCAAUAUGAUUUCAGGUGUAGCUCUUCAGAUACAACGAGAAUUGCAGUGGUUUAAGGGAGUAGAACGUAUGUUAAAGAUUAAUUACAAGGACAAGAGAAAUAAAGAAGGAUAUACGGCUCGAAGUAUAUUUACAAAAGAACACAAAGAAUUGGUGAAGGAAGGAGAGCAAUGGAUGAAGGAUACAUCUGGAUCCUGCAUGCUAGUUGCUGCCCUCAUUGCUACUGUAGCAUUUGCAGCUGCUUUUACCGUUCCUGGAGGUAAUAUUAGUGACAGUCAUAGCUCUAAAAACGGUACUCCAGUUUUCUUGGGAAAGACCUCAUUUACCGUGUUCGCUGUAGCAGAUUCCUUCGCUCUUUUCUCUUCUAUAACAUCAGUACUCAUGUUCUUAGCUGUAUAUACUUCGCGAUAUGCAGAAAUGGAUUUCCUGAAGUCUUUGCCACAAAAAGUAAUUAUAGGCCUUACGACUCUUUUCAUAUCUAUGGCGGCAAUACUGGUAGCUUUUUGUGCAUCAAUAUUUAUCGUGAUUGGAGACAUGUCCCCUCAGAGUCUAAUUCUUAUAGGAUUGUUUGGUUGUGUCCCUGUGACCUUGUUUGCAUGGUUGCAAUUGCCACUGUUUUACGAAAUGGUCCAGUCCACAUAUUGGGGUGACCACUUUGAAAAACACAAAUACAUCGACCCUAGAGUGGAGAAGAUAAUAACAAAAAGAAAGAGAGUAUAGUAAACUCUGUGAAAAGCGUUGGUUGUAUCUUCAUAGUCAUAGAGAACUAAGGUCUG